GAAACGGUGUUUGUAAGAUGGAUGGAAAUAAAACUAAAUCAUCGUUUUUAAUCAUGUUUAAUAGUCAUGCGCGGCGAGCCUUCAGCUGAGCGACCAAUCAGCGCUCGACAUCCAGCUGCUCAUGACGUCACCAGGUGAUCCUGCGUGUGGAGCUGUUGCGUCACGGCUGUACAGGUCAGAGGUCAGUUCAGUUUGGCCCGGGUACAAACGUACAGUGAAAUAAUUCAAUGAUUUACGGAAGAUAUGACGACGUGUUUGUGGCGGAUUACUGAGUGACUUUUGUCUCGUGGCGUGUUCUCUAUAGUAGUUUGGCCCGUGUGCGUGUGUGUGUGUGUGUGUGUGUGUGUGUGUGCGUGUGUGUGUGUUCUCCUCCUCCUCCCCCUCCUUCAGAGUUUAAGGGUAUUUAUACCCCUCAGUGGUCCACACAAUGAUCAGAACAUCUCUAACAUCUCUAAGAUCUCAUGCUUCUACAGGAAGACUGAAGGACUCCUGUGAGGACCCUUGUUGUUUUUCUCAUCUUCAUCCUCUCAUCUUCAUCAUCAUCAUGCCUCCCCAGCUGCAGUCCCAAAACCAGAGUGCCAUCAGAGUUGUUCAGGGCGAUUUAUCGUCUUUGAGCUCCGGCCUCAGAGAGUUCAUUGAGAGCAGCGUGAAGCUGUGUCAGCCCGACGCCCUGCACAUCUGUGACGGGUCUGAUGAGGAGAACCGAGCCAUUCUCGCCCUCUUAGUGGAGCAGGGGGUUAUCAGGAAUCUGCCCAAAUACAAGAACUGCUGGUUGGCUCGCACGGAUCCUCGCGACGUCGCUCGUGUGGAGAGUAAGACGGUUAUCGUGACUCAGGAUCAGCGAGACGCCAUUCCAUCGCCGCGUGGAUGUGGAGCCGGUCAGCUCGGCCGCUGGAUGUCAAAAGAGGAAUGGGACAAAGCCAUGAACCUGCGAUUUCCUGGAUGCAUGAAAGGUCGUAUCAUGUACGUGAUUCCGUACAGUAUGGGUCCAGUCGGAUCUCCGCUGUCUAAGAUCGGAGUGGAGCUGACCGAUUCUCCGUAUGUUGUGGCGAGUAUGAGGAUCAUGACCAGAAUAGGCAAAUCUGUGUUAAGCGUUCUCGGGAACGGAGAGUUUGUGCAAUGUCUGCAUUCGGUCGGCUGUCCUCUGCCUCUCAAGAAGCCACUGGUAAAUAAUUGGCCGUGUAAUCCGGACCUGACGCUCAUCGCUCACAUCCCAGACCAGAGGAAGAUCGUGUCCUUCGGAAGCGGGUACGGUGGAAACUCGCUGCUUGGAAAAAAGUGUUUCGCCCUUCGAAUCGCAUCCCGCAUGGCAAAAGAGGAGGGCUGGCUCGCCGAACACAUGCUGAUUCUGGGCAUCACUAACCCGGCCGGACAGAAGAAAUACUUUGCGGCUGCGUUCCCGAGUGCCUGUGGAAAGACAAACCUGGCCAUGUUAAAGCCGUCCUUACCUGGAUGGAAAGUGGAGUGUGUCGGAGACGAUAUAGCCUGGAUGAAGUUUGACAAAGAAGGAAAUCUCAGAGCCAUCAACCCUGAGAACGGAUUCUUCGGCGUGGCACCGGGAACCUCCACCAAAACCAAUCCAAAUGCAAUGGAGACCAUCAGCCAAAACACAAUCUUUACCAACGUGGCAGAGACCAGCGAUGGUGGAGUUUACUGGGAGGGAAUGGAUGAGGAUCUUUCAGAGGGAGUGACGCUGAAAUCCUGGAAGAACAAACCCUGGACACCCAAGGAUGGUGAACCGAGCGCCCAUCCUAACUCUCGCUUCUGCACUCCGGCUCGGCAGUGUCCCAUCAUCGACCCGCAGUGGGAGUCGCCCGAGGGCGUCCCUAUUGAAGCCAUUAUAUUCGGGGGUCGCAGGCCUCAGGGCGUCCCGCUGGUGUACGAGGCUUUCAGCUGGGCACACGGAGUGUUCGUAGGAGCCGCUAUGAGAUCUGAAGCCACAGCCGCUGCUGAACACAAAGGUAAGGUGAUCAUGCACGACCCCUUUGCCAUGCGACCGUUCUUCGGCUAUAACUUUGGUCGGUAUCUCGCUCACUGGUUGAGCAUGGAGGAACAUCCAAACGCCAAACUGCCCAAAAUCUUCCACGUCAACUGGUUCCGGAAGAGCUCGAGCGGACGCUUCCUCUGGCCCGGAUACGGGGAGAACAUUCGAGUUCUGCAGUGGAUGUUUGGAAGGAUAAAUGGAGAGACAGGAGCGAUGCCCUCGGCGGUCGGUUACGUGCCCGCCUGCGAUUCGCUGAACCUCAGCGGUCUGACGGAUGCCGUGGAUCAGCGUGAACUCUUUGACCUCUCAGCGGAGUUCUGGACCGAGGAGGUUCAGGAGAUCAAAGCGUACUUUGAGCGUGAGGUUAACGAUGAUCUUCCUGCAGAGAUGGAGAGACAGCUGGAGCUGCUGGCUCAGAGAGUUAGGAGAAUAUCAUGAAGCUCCUAAAGAAAAACACAUGACGUUUGUUUAGUUAUGGGUUUGAUUUCUGCUGUUUUAAAUGUUCAUGCAGAAAGAUCUGAUGUGUGUGAAAUAUUUAAACAUGUAUGAAAGGAUUGUGUUUAUUUAACAUUAUUUAAAUGAUUAUAUUCACUGUAUAGUGCAGAACUGCAAGGAUUUUAUUGUUAUGAUUAAAGGAGACAGAGAAUGAAAAACCAUUUUUACCUUUUCUUUGUUGAAUAAUGGUAGUCUACCCGCAUUCACGAACAUACAAAAAGUGCUAGACAUGCUCAACAUCUCAGUCUCAUAGAAAUUCCUCUUUUAGAAAUGUCAGCCAGAAAACGGCCCAAUCUGAAAAACUGAUGCUUAUGACAUCACAGGCAUCUCACUGCCCCUCCACUUUAAAAUAAUUGGCUACAGCAAAGUCAGCCAAUCAGUAAUGAGAUUGCAAGUUAAGCCAGUAGGGGGAGCAAAAUGGGUGCAAAACCACUUGUUUAAAAUCCCCCACCCUAAUAGAGCUUUCUGAGAGAGGUUUUUAGGAAGCUUCUAGGGCAUUACAGACCCAAACAAAAACAUUUUUGUCUACAUGUCACAUCACAGAACAAGGAUAAAUACUCCGUUCAAUCAUUCUAUGUCACCUUUAAUGUAUGAAUGUUUAUUUUUUUAUUUUUAUGAUGUUUUAUGAUGUCCAUCUUAAUAAAAGUUUAUUUGAA